AUGGCCGCCAUCACGCCACAGCCCCCAUCACGCCACAGCCCCCAUCACGCCACAGCCCCCAUCACGCCACAGCCCCCAUCACGCCAUGGCCGCCAUCACGCCACAGCCCCCAUCACGCCACAGCCCCCAUCACGCCACAGCCCCCAUCACGCCACAGCCCCCAUCACGCCAUGGCCGCCAUCACGCCACAGCCCCCAUCACGCCACAGCCCCCAUCACGCCACAGCCCCCAUCACGCCAUGGCCGCCAUCACGCCACAGUCCCCAUCACUCUGCAGCGUAGACCUUGGUCCGUCUGUUGGCUGGUUCCUGGGGGCAGCGGUGAUGGAGGGUUCCCCACAGACGCUGCAGAUUUACAGUGGUCUGGUCCCUGUGUGGCUCUGAUGGGAUCUGCCUCCUGCCGACCACCGCCUGCUCGCCGGAGGAGGCACCUUCAGCUCCGACUCUCUCCAUGA